ACGGGCAGUGUUCAGCUAGUAGGUGUGUUAUACGGGUUAUAUGUGGUUGGCAGUUCAUAUCGUUCAUAUAGUUCGGUAUAGUUGUAACCGUUGUAACCGCCGUAACCCUCUGUAACGUUAGUAAUGGCCGGUAAUGGAGAGUAGUUCGUGAAGAAAACAGUUACCGACGUGACCGAUAAGUAUGAUAACCAAAUACAUAAAAUGCAGAACAUAGACGUAAACAUUGACGGAACUAGUUUUUAUAUGACUCCAGAAUGUUAAUUGAAGAAAUUGUGAAAUUAUGUGUGAGAAAUAUUAGACAUAUUCCUGUCUGGUGAAACACUUUAAGAAUAGUUGUAUAUUACUUCCCAGGCUUGUGUUUUACCUGAUGCAUUCCUUCAUGUGUAAGGAAAGCUUGAUUUAUAACCAAUAAGAGUAACAUCAUAUAAUGGGUAUGAAGCGCCGCGGUACAGGAAGACGGCAGGUUUUGAAUCUGAAUGACAAACAGGAUUCUCCUCGCCGAACUUGGCAAACUAAAUAUCAGCAGAUAUGUGCAGAGCACAGUAGCCAGAAUGGGGACUCUGAGAGUGGAGCAGGUGUGCAAGGGGCCAUCUCUUCCACUUCGUCAAGUAAAGCUGACAGCAACAAUCCACUGACUGGUUUGGUUGGGCCUUAUCACUCAGACAGUGAGGCUGAAGAAGAAGGAAGAGAAGCAGCAGGAGAGUUAGAUGCCAAGGUGUCAGACUUCCUUAAAGAAAUUCAAACCAUUGCUCCAGCCAAACCCCAUGCUGAAAAUCCAACAUCACAGAUGACAGAAUUGGUGCAUUCUGCAGAUACAAGGAGCCACAUACAGCCCUCAUCAGCUAUGGCUUGGCAAGAAUGCUAUGAUGAAAAUUCAGGAUAUGUGUACUACUGGAAUAUGGAAACAAAUGCAGUGACUUGGGAGAUGCCACCUGAAUAUCAAGCCUAUAUUGCAAGCACCACUGCAAUGCAAGCUCAGCAUUGGAUGAUGGAACAGCCAAUGGGGAUGGUACCAGUUAUGCCUGCUCACCAGCAGAUGAUGAGUCAUGCUUCAAUGAUACCUGUGGCAGCAACAUCAGUGGCAUCGCCAAGGACAGGUGUUGUCAGUAAGAAUAGGACAGAGUUAAAGCCGCCUGGAACAGUUACUGAAAGCAAUGCAAAAACAAGUGCAACAAAAAGGAAAAGGAAGAAUGCAGCAAGUGAUUCAGAAGAUGAGAGAAUUGAAAUGAUAACAUCUUAUGGACCAGCUUCUGAGGAAGAAUCAGAAGACGAGGAAGUUGCACUGCCAGCCAAAAAGAAAAAAGGCACAUUUAGUAAGACAAAAACACAGAGCACAUCAAAAGCAGCUGGCUAUGCAACAGGACCCUGUGGACAUCCAUCAAUGGGUCCUGAGCUGCCAACAGAAUCUCAGUUCGUAGUAGGACCACAGUUACAACCUGUAGAAUGUAAUAUGAAUUCACAAACUGAGGGACAGGCUGAUUCAGAAACUGUGGCUUCAUCAGGCUCACAGCUUGUAUUUAACAAUGGGGAAGAGCUCAUAUUAAAUUCAGAUAAUGUGACCUCUGGUACAUCAUCAUUAGUCUCUAACAGUGUGCCAGACAUGGGUCCCCCAGGAGAGGAAAUGGAGGUUCAUGAUGUUGAAGAGCCACAGGUACAGAAGGCUGAUAGUUUAAAGACUGACCAUGAAGAAGGUGGAUAUUCAGCCCCAGAUUCAAGUGAAGACAAAGCGGUAACAGAUGAAGCAGAAGUUUUAAUAAAACCAGAUAACAGUGUUGCAGAAUGUGAAUCAAGUGUUGCCAAUUCAGCAGGCUGGACAGUCAGUCGUUUAAAAAUGGAGGCAGCAGAGUUGAUGGAUGAGUUAGGAACUCAGGGUUCUGAUAACACAAGUCCGCUACCACCAACAACUGAAGAAGAGAGUGAUGAAAGUGGGGAAACUGAUGAGGGUGUUAUUUUAUCACGGUUACGAAGCCAGGCUCGUGUCUUAAAGGAGCUGGGUGGUGAGAUUCCUGAUGAAAUUCGGCACCUAAUUGACCAGUCUGCAACAGAAGCGGCAUCACCAUGUGUAGCUGAAGAUGUUAUAGCACAGAUUGAACGUGAACUUCCACCUGACUACCAAAAUAGUAAUAAUAAAGGAGAGGAAAAUAGUAUUACCAAUAAAAGGAAAACAAAACAAGCCUCUAGUUCCAGUGCAGAGCACAGUCCAAAACCUACUUCAUUUGCCUUAAUUGCUGGUUAUGGAGAUGGCUCAGACCAAGAGGAAGAGUCAUCAAAUAACUGGCAGUCAAAAAAGAACAAACCUGUAAAGAUAAAGAAAUUACCAUUAGUACAGCCAGGAAGCAAUUCAGCUAGUCUUUUCCCGAUAAUGGACUAUGAUGCACAAGCAGGGAGUUCAAAAGAAAAAGAUGUUAAAAGUGUUGCUUCAGUAAGUAGUGCAGUAGCUGCUAGUGACAUAGAAGUGGAGGAGACUAGCAUAAGUGGACCUAAUGAGAGCAUUCCAUCAUCAUCUAAAAGUUCUGAGUUUGGAGGAUCUUUGUUUCCUGCAAUUAAUGCAGAUAGUGUUGCUCCAGCAUCAACAGAAUGCACCAAGCCACAGGUUUCAAGUGAACAUGUAUCAAGUGCUGUGACUGGUACAGGUUUAGAAUCGAAUCUUCCAGACUCCACAACAAGCAGUAAGGCUUAUAAACGUAAGAUACGUCUAGAAAUUGGUGCCAUAUUUCCAUCCACCAGUGUGCCUAAACCACCCACAUCUACAGAAUACAGUACACCCACUGCAGCUACAUGUUCUGAAGUUAAAACUGGUCAACCUUCAACUACAACAACAGCAACAACCACGGCAGCGUCUUCAACCGUGAAUUAUUCCACUUGGACAUACUAUAACUCAGAUCCAGCGUCAGGUGAAAGGAGGGGCUUUGGUUUCCAGUCUGUUGGAUUUGAAGACAUGACAGAAUCAUUUCCAGCAGACCGAAGUACCAGCGCUGAUACUGGGAAGCCACUGUCUCAGCAAAAGAAGGGCAUUAUCAAUUUUAUUAAAGCAGAAACAAUAAAUUUACCUAAGCCAGAAGAGCAGGUGUCCAAGAAUGUCCAAAAUGCAGAGGAGGAAGAUCAUAUUCAUGGGGAGGUCAGAGCAUAUAGCAAGGAAGAGCUUGAAGCCUACCAACAUAUUGAAGAACUUGCACAUCUUAUAACAGAAAAGGUGAACUUUCUGGGGGAAGGGAAACAGCCUGUGUCUCCUGUACAAAUCAUGGCCAUUCAGAUUGAGACAUUGACAUCAGCUUGGCAUGCUGGUGCCUUAUCACAGCUUUACCUGUCCAACUGGCUGGCUGACACAGGGGCGGAGCUUGCACAGCUUGAACAGGCGGCCGCACCUGAUGGCUGGGCGUGUGAAUGGGAUAGGACACACAAGCGAUAUUACUAUCGCAACACUGUGAGUGAAGAAACACAGUGGGAGUAUCCGUCACAGCCAGAAGAAGAUGUGUGUGGUGGUGGAGAAGCUAUGGAACUCUGCACCACACCACCACCACCUCCGAUGUCUCCAUCGGUAGAGGAUGACACAACACCCAAGACCCCACCACCACCACCUGUCAUCUCGCAACAGUCAGAGCCGAGUCCACCACCACCUCCACAGAUAUCUUCUUACAGGGAGAAGAAUUCAUCAAAACAUGGAGAUGAUAAAUCAGAAGCAGGUUCAUUCCACCGCAGGAAAAAGAGAAAAAUGGACGGAGAAGUUACUUCAACAAGUUCUGACACAACGAAAGAGUCAGCAGCUGGUGUAAGCAGCAACUUUGAUCCUUCUCUUUUUUCACCAACUGCAUCCAGUCCUACUAGUAAUCCAGUACUCCCACCAUUGCCUCCUCUCCCUCCUCCUCCCCCUACUGCUCCCCCACCACCGCCACCACCACCACCCUUAACACCACCACCACCGCCACCUUCAGAUCUUCCUCCUUUACCACCUAGCACUCCGCCCCUUCCAUCUUCCCCUCCACCUCUGCCACGACUUGAGAACGAACAUGGUGAACCGCUUCCACCUGGAGUUGACCCUCCAGAAUUACCAUACGUAGUAGCAAGACCACACAUACCUCCAGUGUCCACCUCAACUUCUGGUCAUUACCAAACAUUAUCAGGCAUGGCCCCACCUCCACCUCCCCCUGGAGCUACUUCAUAUCCACCCCUACCAACACUGUCUCCACCUCCUAGGCCACCUGAUUCAACUGAUUUGGACAAUGGCAUUUCAAUGAUGCCUGAAGAACAGGUGUCUCUAGGACUUUCACAUGCAGUCCAGUCACAGUACCUGAUGGGUAAUGCUUAUCAAGCAUCGGUGGUCUCAUCGAGUAGUCAUAAUACAGGUGGUGGCAUACCUUCUCUGAGCAUGGGAGGUCCAGGAAUUGAGUAUGGUCCAGUGCCAUAUGUUGGGGCUAUGCCGAUGCCCAUGCCUAGUGCUCAUAUCAUCUCACGUCCUGCAGCCAAGAAUUCGGCAGUUUCACUCCAUGCUGAGCUGGAUUCCUUUUACUCAGAUUUAGCCUCUAUGGAGUCCUCUGGGUCCAUACCAUCAGGCAUGCAAGAAAAUUUGAAUGAGAUGAACAAUCCCUUAAGUCUUGAAACAAGUCUGGCAGUAGGAAUGUCAGCAGGAUCAACAGCACAUGAUAUUCCAAUACAACCAGGCCCUUCUAAUUUCUACAUUCAGACAACUAGUGCAGCUGUAGAACCUGAGAUAACACCAACUGUUAGUAAAUCUGCAGACUCUGCUCCUGUUGAACAUCAAAGGAAAAAGAAGAAGCCCAAAUUGGCUCCGGGUCUUGCUUUAAAGAAGAAGGGUGUUUCAUCACUAGUAGCAAAGUGGCAACAAGUGCAGCAAGAAGUAAGACGUGACUAUAAAAACCUUGAUGAUGAUGACAGUGAUAGUGUGUCCUCUACACAUAAGUAAACCUGUUGUGUUACUUGUAUGUUUCUGUGAGUGCGUGAAUGUGAUGGGUGGUGAAACCUGAAGAUGAAAAGAAUUCCUGUGCAGAUUAAAUGAAAGGUUGUGAUUAGUUGUGUGAAUUUAAUUCUGUAUUGCAUCUCUUUCACUCAAAACUUUGUCUUACUUUCAUGCUAAUAAAUUUGCUGCACUUCAUUCUUGUUUUCCGCACAAGGGUAUGUGGCAACGUGAAAACCGCAUUUGCCGUAAUUACAUCGUUGCUUUAAUAUGGUUUCCAUUUAGUUUGCUCAGCAUGUAUGGUGAUAUGCGUGAAGAUCCAAAAUACACUCUGUCCUUGGUAGUUAUAAACAAAAGUGAAUUCAAAGUAUGAAGAGUGUGAUUAUGUAACUAAUUAUGAAUGUGAUCUAUAGCAAAGAAUUACAUCAUAUAUCACAAUUGUAAAGUAUUGUACAAAGUAAAAAAUGUGUUAAAAUAAUUUGAUUAUUUCGA